AUGGCCUCCCACUCCAGUGAGCCAGGGCUCCUGCCCUGCGGGUCCUGUGACAUGGUUUUCCGCUCCUGGCCCCUGCUGGCCACCCACACUCGGCGCUUCUGCAUUGGCGGUCAGACCCGGGAGGUGACAGUUGGAGCACAGCCCCCAGUAGCCACCGAACCACGGGUUGUGCCACAAAAACACCAGGGCCUCCCGGACCAGGAGGCCAGCAAAUCAGCUCUGAAGAGGCUAACAGAGGAGGUGCAGCGGCUGCGGCUGUAUCUGCAGGAAACGAGACCCUGGAUAACAGAAGUCCCCAGGGGGCCACAGGGGCCCUGGAGGUCUUCAGAGGUGACGACUCAGAGCGCCUACUCCAAGGCUGCUGGCAGCCUGGGCGAGCGGCUGCUGGCGCUGCACUGGACUCGCGCAAGGCGCGUGGCAGAGACCGCGGCGCAGAGCUGGGCCCUAGAGCAACGCGGCGAGGAACUGAGCCGGCGCCUCCAAGGUUUGGCCCGGACCGGGAAAUCACGCAUAUUCAGUCUGGAGCGGGAGCUUCGAGAACUCCGGGCAGAGACAGGGCGAACGCGGGGAGCUGUGGAGGAGUUAAGGGCGGACGUUCAGCAGCUCCAGGCCAACCCGGUCACCCGGCUGAACACCUUGAGAGAAGCAGAACUCUGUGGUCCGGUGCUACAGGCAACCCCAGGGACUCUGCCUGCGGAGAUCGGGGCCCUGCGUGAGGCCUACAUUCGAGGCGGGGGCCGGGACCCCGGCGUUCUGGGCUGGAUGUGGCAGCUGCAAGCGGAGGCAUCAGCUCUGGAACUUCGGCGGUCGCGGACCGGCAGGGGUGAACAGGAGCAGGCCAGCCAGAAGACCUCUCUGGAAAGAGGAAAGGGCGGAGGACGGGCAGGUGCUGCAUUCAAGGAGCUUCUAGCAGUGGAGGCUGAAAACCGGCGCCUGGAAGCAGAAAUCCUGGCGUUGCAAAUGCAGAGGGGCGCAGGCCAGAUGCCCUGGGGGUGCGGGCAGCCGAGACUUGCGGCCAAUCCGAGCCCACGCCUGAGGAGGGAAGAUCUCCUCCCGCCUCCAGUGGCUCCCCGGCUGCCGUCCUCCACCGGAGUCCUGUUCUUGGGUGGCGCUGAGAAGGCUUCGCAGCUUCCUGGAGCCAUGACCAGAAACCUGGCCAGGGAUCCAAACUACCUCCUACCCUCUACUGACGUCCUGGGCCCUGCACCCUACGACCCCGGGGCUGGCCUUGUCAUUUUCUAUGACUUCCUGCGGGGCCUUGAGGCUUCUUGGGUUUGGGUGCAACUAAUGACUGGCUUGGCCCAAGAUGGACAGGAGUCAGGAGGGACCACUGCGCUGCCCCCAGCCCUUUGCUUGCCCCCACCUCCAGCUCCCGGGCCCACCGGCAACUGUGCCAUCCUUGCCAGCAAGCAGCCUGUACCCAGACUACCACCCUCACCAUCAGUAGCCUUGAUCUGUGAGCUCCAGGCCUGGCAGGGGCUAGCAUGGGCUAAGGCACCACAGCCAAAGGCCUGGGCCUCACUAGUGCUAUUUGACCAGAAUCAGAGGUUGCUAAGUGGUUGUUGGCGUCUCCCACUUCGGGCCCUCCCUCUGGACCCCAGCCUUAGCCCUGAGCAGCUGAACGGGAUUCCCCAGGUUAAUCAAGCCGAGCUCUUUGUGAGACUGGUGAAUGCAAGAGAUGCAGGUGUCCAGGCCCUGGUAGAGGUCAAUCCAGCAAAUGCCCAUGAGUACCAGUACCCACCUCUGGUACCCAACUCAUCUUCACCGGAAGCCAGCCCCCUCGCCCCAUCAACUGCCUUUGUUGACCCCCCUCCUCCCGAAGAUGCCUAA